CUCCACCAGGAGUUUGCACCGGGACGACCUGUCGCUUUUUCACCGCUCUUCACGGGCUGCUUUGGGACACCUGAAGGCACAAGUCCAUCACCUAGUCAAGACAGUGGAGCUGUAGGCAGAUGUCACCUGAUCUUAUGCGUUUUUAUAGCGACUAUCUGACAGUCGGCGCCGGGAUUUGGUUGGUCAACUCCUGGGAUCGAGUUUACCUGUGAGCCCGGAGCGGCUGCACACUUCUUCAACAUGGCUUCUUCCGCCACAGGUGACCGCGAAGAGCAGACGGAUGUAAAUGCCUGUUAUCUGCGUGCAGCUCGGGCCGGGAAUUUAGAGAAAGCUUUGGACUACUUGAAGAAUGGAGUGGACAUCAAUAUCUGCAAUCAGAAUGGUCUGAACGCUCUCCAUCUGGCCUCGAAGGAGGGCCAUGUGGAGGUGGUGGCUGAGCUCAUAAAGCAGGGUGCCAAUGUGGACGCAGCUACCAAGAAAGGAAACACAGCCCUGCACAUAGCUUCCCUGGCCGGGCAGACGGAGGUGGUGAAGGAGCUCGUCACCCACAGCGCCAACGUCAACGCACAGUCUCAGAAUGGCUUCACUCCGCUGUAUAUGGCAGCGCAGGAGAAUCACUUGGAUGUGGUGCAGUUCUUAUUGGACAACGGCUCCAGUCAGAGCAUCGCCACUGAGGACGGUUUCACUCCUCUGGCCGUGGCGUUGCAGCAGGGCCAUGACCAAGUGGUUUCCCUCCUACUGGAAAAUGACACCAAGGGGAAGGUGCGCCUCCCAGCGCUGCACAUCGCCGCGCGGAAAGAUGACACCAAGGCCGCCGCCCUCCUCCUGCAAAACGACCACAACGCUGAUGUGGAGUCCAAGAUGAUGGUGAAUAGAACAACAGAGAGCGGUUUCACUCCUCUCCAUAUCGCGGCGCACUACGGCAAUAUCAACGUAGCAACACUCCUGCUUAACAGAGGGGCAGCUGUGGACUUCAAGGCCAGGAAUGACAUAACACCACUUCACGUAGCAUCCAAACGUGGGAACAGCAACAUGGUGCGACUGCUUCUGGAGAGAGGGGCCAAGAUAGAUGCACGGACCAAGGAUGGUCUGACUCCUCUCCACUGUGGAGCCAGGAGCGGCCAUGAGCAGGUGGUGGAGAUGCUGCUGGACAGAGGAGCACCGAUACUGUCAAAGACCAAGAACGGUCUGUCUCCCCUCCACAUGGCGACGCAGGGCGACCACCUCAACUGCGUCCAGCUGCUGCUGCACCACGAUGUCCCCGUGGAUGACGUGACCAACGACUACCUGACAGCGCUGCACGUUGCCGCCCACUGCGGCCACUACAAGGUGGCAAAGGUCAUCGUGGAUAAAAAGGCCAACCCCAACGCCAAGGCCCUGAAUGGUUUCACUCCCCUGCACAUUGCCUGUAAGAAAAACAGAGUCAAGGUGAUGGAGCUACUUCUGAAGCAUGGAGCGUCUAUACAGGCAGUCACCGAGUCCGGUCUGACUCCCAUCCACGUUGCAGCAUUUAUGGGACAUGAAAACAUCGUCCACCAGCUAAUCAACCACGGGGCUUCAUCAAACACGAGUAAUGUGAGAGGGGAGACGGCGCUCCACAUGGCAGCGAGGGCAGGACAGUCAAAUGUGGUCCGGUAUCUGGUCCAGAAUGGAGCACUAGUGGAUGCCAAGGCCAAGGACGACCAGACUCCGCUGCAUAUCUCAAGCCGUCUCGGUAAACAAGACAUUGUCCACCAGCUGCUGGCAAACGGCGCGUACCCAGAUGCCACGACCAGCUCUGGAUACACACCUUUACACCUGGCUGCCAGAGAGGGACACAGAGAUGUGGCUUCAGCACUGCUGGACAAAGGAGCUAGUCUGGGCAUUACUACCAAGAAGGGCUUCACUCCUUUGCACGUAGCAGCAAAGUACGGGAAGAUCGAGGUAGCCAACCUGCUGCUGCAGAAGAACGCUCAGCCUGAUGCUGCUGGGAAGAGUGGACUAACUCCACUGCAUGUGGCAGCGCACUAUGAUAACCAGAAGGUGGCGCUACUCUUGCUCAACCAGGGAGCUUCACCGCAUGCUGCUGCGAAGAAUGGUUACACACCGCUCCACAUCGCAGCUAAGAAGAAUCAGAUGGAGAUAACCACCACGUUACUGGAGUACAGCGCCUCCACCAACACAGUAACACGCCAGGGAAUCACUCCUCUGCACCUCGCAGCGCAGGAAGGCAACGUGGACAUAGUGACACUGCUGCUGGCACGAGAUGCUCCUGUUAACAUGGGCAAUAAGUCUGGUCUGACUCCGCUCCACCUGGCUGCUCAGGAGGACAAAGUCAACGUUGCUGAGGUCUUAGUCAACCAUGGAGCCACUAUAGACCCCGAGACCAAGUUGGGUUAUACUCCUCUCCACGUGGCCUGUCACUAUGGCAACGUGAAGAUGGUCAACUUCCUGCUGAAAAACCAGGCAAAGGUCAACGCUAAAACCAAGAACGGUUACACACCUCUCCACCAGGCUGCACAGCAGGGACACACACACAUCAUCAACUUGCUGCUUCAUCAUGGAGCAUCACCCAACGAACUCACCACCAAUGGGAACAGUGCUCUGUCUAUCGCCAGGAGGCUCGGCUACAUCUCCGUCGUUGACACACUCAAGGUGGUCACAGAGGAGACUCUGACCACUAAGACUGUGACGGAGAAGCACAAGAUGAAUGUUCCAGAGACCAUGAACGAGGUGCUGGACAUGUCCGACGACGAAGUCUGUAAAGCCAAUGUUCCCGAAAUGAUCACAGAGGACUAUUUAUCUGAUGUGGAAGAAGGUGAUGAUGCAAUGACGGGGGACACAGAUAAAUAUCUGGCCCCCCAGGACCUGCGGGAGCUGGGCGACGACUCGCUCCCUCAGGAGGGCUACAUGGGCUUCAGUGUCGGUGCGCGGUCACAGAGCCUGCGUUCCUUCAGUUCUGAUAGGUCCAACACGCUGAACCGGAGCUCGUUCACACGGGAUAGCAUGAUGAUAGAGGAGAUGCUGGCAACCAAUAAGGAGAUGCAUUUGGCGGUGGCUAAAGACUGUGACAACGACUCUCUGAGGAGAUACAGCUGGACUGCAGACGCACUGGAUAAUGUCAACCUAGUCUCCUCGCCAAUACACUCCGGUUUUUCCUCUCCGCUCCCGCAGUACGACAGCAGGUUCCUGGUCAGCUUCAUGGUCGACGCCAGGGGCGGCUCCAUGAGAGGAAGUCGUCACAACGGCAUGCGUAUCAUCAUCCCGCCUAGAAAAUGCACAGCACCCACCAGGAUCACCUGUCGACUGGUCAAGAGGCACAAACUGGCGUCGCCUCCUCCGAUGGUGGAAGGAGAAGGCCUGGCCAGCCGACUGGUCGAGGUCGGCCCGGCAGGAGCUCAGUUCCUCGGGCCUGUGAUAGUGGAAAUCCCCCAUUUUGGCUCGAUGCGGGGACAGGAGAGAGAACUGAUCCUGUUGCGCAGCGAGAAUGGAGAAUCCUGGAAGGAGCAUCUGUACGACUGUAAGACUGACGACCUCAAUCAGCUCCUCAAUGGGAUGGAUGAAGAACUGGACAGUCCCGACGAGCUGGAGAGGAAGAGAAUCUGCCGCAUCAUCACCAAGGACUUCCCACAGUACUUCGCUGUCGUGUCUCGGAUCCGGCAGGAGACCAAUCAGAUGGGACCCGAGGGCGGGACUCUGUGCAGCCGGAGCGUCCCAUUGGUUCAGGCGUCCUUCCCUGAGGGGGCAUUAACCAAGAAGAUCAAGGUUGGACUGCAGGCCCAGCCUGUACCUGACGAGACCGUGAAGAAAAUUCUCGGUAACCGAGCAACCUUCAGUCCCAUCGUUACCGUGGAGCCCAGAAGAAGGAAGUUCCACAAGCCCAUUACCAUGACAAUCCCAGUCCCGCCCCUCUCAGGGGAGGGUCUUACCAAUGGCUAUAAAGGAGACUCUACUCCCUGCCUGCGUCUUCUCUGUAGCAUUACAGGUGGUACGUCCCCAGCACAGUGGGAAGACAUCACAGGCACAACACCUCUCACCUUCGUCAAUGACUGUGUCUCCUUCACCACCAACGUUUCUGCCAGGUUCUGGUUGGCAGACUGUCACCAGAUCCCAGAGACAGUGGGCUUGGCCACGCAGCUGUACAGGGAGCUGAUCUGUGUGCCCUACAUGGCCAAGUUUGUGGUGUUUGCCAAGAUGAAUGACCCGGUGGAGUCCAGACUGAGGUGCUUCUGUAUGACCGACGACAAGGUGGACAAGACCCUGGAGCAGCAGGAGAACUUUGAGGAGGUGGCCAGGAGCAAAGACAUAGAGGUUCUGGAGGGAAGGCCCAUUUAUGUGGAUUGCUAUGGAAACUUGGCUCCUCUGACCAAAGCUGGUCAGCAGUUAGUUCUUAACUUCUACGCCUUCAAGGAGAACCGGUUGCCCUUCUGUGUCAAGGUGAGAGACCCCAGCCAGGAGCCUUGCGGUCGUCUUACUUUCCUUAAAGAGUGUAAGACCACAAAGGGCCUUCCACAAACCGCCGUGUGCAACCUGAACAUCACACUUCCUGCAGUGAAAAAGGAAAUGGAAUCAGAUGCCGAGGAUGAGACUGAAAAGCCAGAGCGACGUCAUACCUUUGCAUCUCUAGCCUUACGUAAGCGCUACAGCUAUCUGGCCGAGCCUGCACUGAGCCCUCAGAGUCCCUGUGAGAGAACAGACCUCCGUAUGGCAAUAGUAGCCGACCACCUCGGACUCAGCUGGACUGAGCUGGCCAGGGAGAUGGAUUUCUCUGUGGAAGAGAUCAACUUCAUCAGAGUGGAGAACCCCAAUUCCCUGACAGCACAGAGCUUCAUGCUCCUUAAGAAAUGGGUGCACAGGGACGGUAAAAACGCCACAACGGAUGCUUUAACUGCGGUGCUGACUAAGAUCAAUCGGUUGGAUAUUGUGACUUUGCUGGAAGGGCCCAUAUUUGACUACGGUAACAUUUCAGGCACACGCUGCUUUGCCGAUGAUAACGCAGUAUUCCCGGAUCAGUCCGAUGGAUACCAAAAUAUAGAUCUGGAGCUGCAAACCCCCACAGACCUGAACUACGAGCCCCCCACCCCGUUGCGCUCAGAUGACUUCUUUGGUGAGGGCGAUGCUAGUGUAGAGUCCCCUAGCAAGACUACCCUUACUAGACCUAGCGACCUCUCUCUCACUCAGACCACCAGUACCUCCAGCAGCAAACCCAUUACUGUCGCUCCAGGCUCCAGCUCCUUUGCCCUGGAGCCCCCCAUUGUUGGGGCGGAAGAUACAACCUUGACCACAGGGGAAAGAGGGAUGUCUGAGGAAGAGAAGACGGAGCUGGUUUCUUGUGAGUGGCCAGAUAAUGACAGAAGGGCAGUAGAGCAGCAAGGAAAGGAGACAGACAAGCAUGCUGAGGCCUUAGAGAAAGAACUGAAGACAGGGCAAGGUGUUGUUUUGGAGAGUCAGGGAGGACACCAAAACGAGGAUGCUGCCUCAGAAACGGGUCGCGGAAAUGGAAGGGAGGAGGAAGAAGAGGAAGAGAUGACCGAGGAGAAGCUGCUGAGUCUGCUGGAGGAAUUAAAUUUGGAAGGAGGCUUGGAGGGCGAGGAGAUGACAGAGGAGAGGCUGAAUGCCAUCCUCGAACAAGUACGGCAAGCAGAAAAAGAAAUGUCUUCAGUUCCAGGCUGGAGAAGCGAGACAUCCGGCGCAAUAAUCGAGUCGGCAACCCCUGGCCACAGCCCCAGCACUGAGGGAGUGAGCCCUGACAGUCUAGCUGAUUCGCCAGCUCAGACCCACAAACAGAAUGGAGGUCACACUGAUGUAGCCAGGGAGGAGAAGGAAAAGGAGGCCAAGAGGAAAGGAUCUCAGGAGGACAGCAGCACAGCAGGACCAAGCAAAGGCCUGGAGGACAAAAGAGAGGAGGGAGGUGACAGGUCCCAGCACAAAGUCCAGGAGAGCGCUAAAGCUGACGAGACCGGCUCUGAUGAAGAGACCACUAUCACCACCAGGGUGUUUCGCAGACGGGUCAUACUCAAGGGAGAGGAGGCCAGAAACAUUCCUGGGGAGUCUGUGACAGAGGAGCAGUUUACAGAUGAAGACGGGAAUCUGGUCACCAGAAAAGUGAUCAGAAAGGUGGUGCGCCGUGUGUUCAACUCAGAGGAAAAGAGGGAAAGCGAAAGUGAAACUGUUACAGAAGAAGGCGAUGGUGGUGAUGGUGGUGGUGUUGGUGGUGAUGGUGAUGGUGAUGGUGAUGUAGCCACAGGUGGAUCGGACACUGCUUCUUCAGCAGGAGCGGCAGCAGGAGCCACAGGGGGGAAGGGCAAGAAGAGGGGGAAGCGCUCCCGGCAGGGCCACAAGGGCGAGAAGUCUGGAGGGGGGAAAACUGAGCCUGGAGACAGUGCCAGCAAGAAACAGGGAAAGAAGAGUCAGUCGUAACAGUGGAGUUCUCAACUAAACCUGGACCACGGACGUCCACCUGCGUCUCCACACACUCCCUGGGAGGAAAAACGGACUGGAACCCAUGAAACAGGGGAGCCUCGUCAAUCAGCCAAAAAGUGUCUGAAGCUUUCACUUACAACGCAUGGUUUUCAGCAAGACAACGCAAAACAAGUUACUUUUAUUUGAUUUCGCAUGAGCAUGUCACCAAACUCACUUACUGUUGGAAACAACACCGAAGGACACGCACGGACGUGAACGGGAACUUUCUCAAUCUUUGACGAAUGAAAUGUGUCUGUGACCAAAGAAGGCACAAACAGAAAAAAAAGGCUUACUGCUGACAGAUAAGGAAGACUUGUGAAUCACUUUUUCUCAGACACUCGCCUUAUAUGGUCUAUUUUUUCCUCCUGGACCCACAGUGUUGGGGUGUAACAUGUGGUUCUUUUUUUAAAAAAUGAAAUAUAAUAGUAAAUGGGUGAUUUUGUUGUAUAUAAAUGACACUGUAUAAAAUCUAAAAACACACACACACACAAAAAAAAAAAAAAAAUCAGUAGCUUCACAGAUUGUUUAUGCACUGAUUUGAGUUGAUGAAGCUUUGCAGAGUCGGUGCAUUUGUAUUGAGAGGUCGACACUGUUUGAGCAAGCCUUGAGUGUGUGACCUGACAUGCUCUUCCUAAAUGAAUAGCAAAAAAAAAAAAAAAGGAACAAAAAAGCUGUAUGUAAAUGAGAAGCCAAUGAGGAAAAAAAAAAAAAAAAACUGCUUGAUUUUAACAAAGGACAUUUCUUUAAAGCCAACUGCUACUCCGCUCUGUCUGUGGAACAUUCUUUGUCUUCAGAGAACUGAUAUUUCGCUGCAUGUGACGUCACUUUAUUUUAAAGCUUUUCUUUUUUUUCUUUUUUUUUUCUCCUCUCCUCCUAAUUCAAAGCACUGUAAUACAAUUAGAGAGGGUUUGAUGGUACUUCUGUUUGUGUGAGCACUCAUAAUAACCCAACCAUCUGUCAUCUAUAACUGUUUUUAUUUUAUUUUUUACAAAAAAAACUCAAAACACACACAUGGUGAGAUAGCAAAGCUUAGUUCAUAUGCUUCAGGAAGGCACUCAUGAGAGACAGUGUCCCCCCACCCCACCCCCAACCCCACCCCCCCUUAUGUAACCUGCAGACUGGCGCACAUUGUGUUAGCUCCAAACUGCUAGCAGCCCCGUGAGUGUGUAACAUCAAAUAAAAACUGUCUAUCUGUACACCCAUCAUGCAUACUAGAAGUUUCGGCUUUUAGGUCCACUGUGGUUUUUAAAUGGGGACUGUUUUUAUUUUGAUGAUUUGAUGACUUUUAUCUUUAUUUAAUUGAUUGUAUUUACAAGUGAACAGAGAAUCUCAUUUUUAGCCCCAUUACCUAAAUCUCGUCAUUUUUACUAAUAAUUAAAAAUCACAUGAAUAACAGUAUUGAUCACAAACACACUGGUAAAAAUCUGAUUUUCUGUUCCUGUGUAAUUUUUUUUUUUUCCAUUGUCUUUUUUCAUACAAAACCACCCGUAAGCAUCCAUUGUUGAUGAUAAAUCUGGUACCAACAUGUAUGACAAACCAACAUAGCCUACACUGGAUGAUCCAAGUAAUUAUUUAAGCAGAAAAAUAAAUUGUGUUUAAACUGAA